UAAUAAGAAAAUAGUAUAGCUAGGUCGUCCCCACGUGCCAAAGCAGCACGUACCUUCCUGUUUGCUCGCCUCUUUGAUCCUUCUAAGCCCGGCUUGCUUCUCCUACUACUGCAGAAACCUUGUCGGAGAAUUCUCAGUGUGAUCCGAUGGCUCACCGAACUUCCGACCUCGUUGGCGGUGUGCAGCCGGGGCACCAAUUCGACACCGACGCCUUGCUUCGCUACUGCUCAGCGAACGUGGAAGGUUUUCCUUUGCCUCCAUCGCAGUUCACCGUCUCGCAGUUCGGGCACGGUCAGUCGAACCCUACGUUUCUUGUGGAAGCGGGCUCGGGAUCCUCCGUGAAGCGAUAUGUUCUGAGAAAGAAGCCUCCUGGGAAGUUGCUUCGGUCUGCUCAUGAUGUAGAGAGGGAGUAUCAGGUUCUCCGGGCACUAGGUGUUCAUACAAAGGUUCCAGUCCCCAAGGUCUUCUGCUUGUGUACAGAUCCAAGCGUACUCGGAACUGCAUUUUACGUGAUGGAGUACUUGGAAGGACGCAUUUUUUUGGACCUCAGGCUAGCUGAUAUAUCUCCUUGGAGGAGGAGGGCUAUAUAUAGUGCAAUUGCUUCGGCCUUGGCUUCUCUGCAUUCUGCAGAUGUAGACGCCAUUGGUCUAGGGAAUUAUGGUCGACGGGAGAACUACUGCAAGCGACAGGUUGAGAGGUGGGCGAAACAAUAUAUUUCUUCAACUGGCGAGGGUAAGCCCGAAAGAAAUCCGAAGAUGUUUGAGCUGAUUGACUGGCUAAAUCAGCAUAUUCCUCCUGAAGAUUCUACAGGAGGAGCAAGAGGUCUUGUUCAUGGUGACUUUCGGAUUGAUAAUCUAGUAUUCCACCCAACUGAGGAUCGAGUGAUUGGUAUUCUUGACUGGGAAUUGUCUACUCUUGGAAAUCAGAUGUGUGAUGUUGCAUACAGCUGUUUGCAUUACAAUGUUGAUAUUGAGAUAGAUAAACCUCAAGUUGAAGGCCUUGAGCUUACCGGCAUUCCAGAAGGGAUUCCUUCCCAAGCAGAAUAUUUAGCAGAAUACUGUUCUGCAGCAGGAACACCGUGGCCUCUUGCUGAGUGGAAGUUCUAUGUUGCUUUUUCCAUGUUCCGUGCGGCAUCAAUAUAUACAGGGGUCUAUUGCAGAUAUAUAAUGGGUAAUGCAUCUGGAGGUGAACGUGCUCGACAUGCGGGGAUGAAAGCUAAUGCUCUUAUAGAUUCUGCAUUGGCACUUACUAAACGAAGAUCUGUACUCCCUGAGCGCCCUCCUUCUGUUGCGCAGGAUCAUUUAGAGCCAUUCAGAAAUGACAGUGAAGAUCAAGCUCUUUUCUUAAGGGAUACAGGAAAACUUGUUCCCAAGAAAAAGGUUCUAGAUUUGAGAAAUAAAUUGAUUAAGUUUAUGGAAGAUUAUAUAUAUCCCAUGGAAAAAAAUUUCUACAAACUUGCGGAGUCUAAAUUGCGAUGGACAGUUCACCCAGAGGAGGAGAACUUGAAGGAGCUGGCGAAGAGAGAGGGCUUAUGGAACUUAUGGAUACCUUUGGAUAGUGCUGCUAGGGCAAGAAAAAUAAUCUUUGAAGGGAGAAACCACACACUUUCUGGGGAUGUAUACAAUCGCAUAUUGGGUGCUGGCCUUUCAAAUCUUGAAUAUGGGUUCCUCUGUGAGAUUAUGGGUCGUUCUGUUUGGGCUCCACAGGUAUUCAACUGUGGGGCACCCGACACAGGAAAUAUGGAGGUGUUAUUGCGCUAUGGAAACAAAGAGCAACUUCAAGAAUGGCUAAUUCCAUUGCUAGAGGGAAAGAUACGAUCUGGAUUUGCAAUGACAGAACCACAAGUUGCAUCUUCUGAUGCAACCAAUAUUGAAUGUUCUAUUGAGCGAGAAGGGGACUACUAUAUAAUCAAUGGGAACAAGUGGUGGACAAGUGGAGCAAUGGAUCCUAGGUGCAGACUUCUUAUAGUCAUGGGAAAAACAAACUUCACUGCUGCUAAGCAUAAGCAGCAAUCCAUGAUCUUAGUGGAUAUACAGACCCCAGGUAUACACAUAAAGAGACCGCUGACUGUGUUUGGCUUUGAUGAUGCACCUCAUGGGCAUGCAGAAAUAUCAUUUGAGAAUGUACGUGUUCCAGCCAAGAAUAUUCUGCUGGGAGAAGGGCGUGGAUUUGAAAUUGCGCAGGGUAGGUUGGGCCCUGGAAGGUUGCACCACUGCAUGAGGCUGGUAGGUGCAGCAGAGCGUGGCAUGCAGAUGGCAGUUCAAAGGGCACUUAGAAGAAGAGUGUUUGGAAAGUUGAUUGCUCAACAAGGUUCAUUUCUUUCUGAUAUUGCCAAGUGCCGAGUGGAGCUUGAGAGAACCAGAUUGUUGGUUCUGGAAGCUGCAGAUCAGCUUGAUCAGUUUGGAAAUGUCAGAGCCCGUGGGAUUCUUGCAAUGGCCAAGGUAGCAGCUCCAAACAUGGCACUGCAGGUGCUAGACAUGGCAAUGCAGGUGCAUGGUGCAGCUGGCGUGUCUUCCGACACAGUCCUGGCACAUCUGUGGGCUACGGCUAGAACUCUGAGAAUUGCAGAUGGUCCUGAUGAAGUCCAUUUGGGUACCAUUGCCAAAUUAGAACUACGGAGAGCAAAGCUUUGAAGAGGCUCAGAAAAUUCAGGGACAGAAUCACAUUGCCAAGAUUAUUGAAUGAGUGAUAGGAUAGGAUGGUGGUGGAGGAACCCUAAUCCUGUAAUAUCAAGGGGGAACAAUAAAAAAUUAUUUCAAGAGGCUUUUUAAAAUAAUAAUAAUAAAAAAAAACUUGUUAGUGUUAAACAAGCUUGCGGGCCAUGUCGGGAAUGAUAAUCUUGAUUUAUUAAUCUGUUGGUGAAAUUAUUGUUUUGAUCAA